GGUGCUCGCUCUCAAUGGCCAAUGCUCCGCUCGCACGCUGCAGGAGGAGUUGGUUUUUCCUUCUUGCAUGUAUAAAUCCCUUGGUUCUCGGCUCCUUUCUUGCCACGGAAAUAGCAACAGAGGCUGGGCUGAGCUGCAGCAUGCUGGCUGCCCCGGCAGAAGGGGAAACUCUCUGCUUCUCAUCACCAGGAGAGCUGAGCCCAGCAAUGUCCUGCUGCCGAUUCCUCCCUGCAGACACAGCUGUUUGCUGCCCACAGGCUUGGGAGAUCACUUUCUUCUAAAGGAAAGAGCAGCCUGGCAUAGAACUCACUGUAAAUGCAGAUUGUUUGAUGUUUGCCCUUGUAAAAGUGACUGAAGUCCUGCUUGCUCGCACCCCACAUGCACAGCAGCAGCUUGGAAGGACCUGCUUUCCAUUUUGCAUUUUUUUUUCUCUUUUUAACCUGUGCUGCCUCAGGUGCCCAGCCAGGGGUGAGCCCAGCUGCUGUGCUGGCCAUGAACACCACACGCUCUGCAUUCUCCUUGCAGCCCCUGCUGCUGAACGCCAGCGAGGACCUCAACGACUCCGUCCCCACCAACCGCAGCGGCGACGGGUUCUGCGAGCAGGUCUUCAUCAAAGCCGAGGUCUUCCUGACUCUGGGCAUCAUCAGCCUGCUGGAGAACAUCCUGGUCAUCCUGGCAGUGCUGAAGAACGGCAACCUGCACUCCCCCAUGUAUUUCUUCCUCUGCAGCCUGGCCGUGGCAGAUAUGCUGGUGAGCAUGUCCAACGCCCUGGAGACCGUGAUGAUCGCCAUCCUCAGCAACGGCUACCUGAUCAUCGACGACCACUUCAUCCAGCACAUGGACAAUGUCUUUGACUCCAUGAUUUGUAUUUCUCUGGUAGCCUCCAUUUGCAACCUCUUGGUCAUAGCCAUCGACAGGUACAUCACUAUUUUCUAUGCCCUCCGUUACCACAGCAUCAUGACGGUGAAGAAAGCCCUGACCCUCAUUGUGCUCAUUUGGGUGGCGUGCAUCAUCUGUGGCAUCAUUUUCAUUGCCUACUCGGAGAGCAAAACUGUCAUUGUGUGUCUCAUCACCAUGUUCUUCACCAUGCUGCUGCUGAUGGCCUCGCUGUACGUGCACAUGUUCCUGUUUGCCCGCCUGCACGUCAAGCGCAUCGCGGCGCUGCCCGUCGAGGGCGUGCCCCCCCAGCGCACCUGCAUGAAGGGCGCCGUCACCAUCACCAUCCUCCUGGGGGUCUUCAUCGUCUGCUGGGCGCCCUUCUUCCUCCACCUCAUCCUCAUCAUCUCCUGCCCCAUGAACCCCUACUGCAUCUGCUACACGGCGCACUUCAACACCUACCUGGUGCUGAUCAUGUGCAACUCCGUCAUUGACCCGCUCAUUUACGCCUUCAGGAGCCUGGAGAUGAGGAAGACUUUCAAAGAAAUCGUGUGUUGCUGCUAUGGCAUGAGUGUGGGACAGUGCAUGCUGUAAAACACCUGCUUUUGGGUGGAAAAAACACGCCAUAGGUGUAUAAAUAUAAAUAUGUUUAUGUAGAUGUUGAGAUGCAGAGCAGCUCACUUUAAACGCAGUGCCUGAAGGAAGGGUGCAGGAAAGAUAAAAGCCUCCUACAUGAUGCCUUGUUUCCUACUUUUUAGAGUGAAAAUCAGUUUCAACUGAAUUAUUUGAAGUUUUUUAAAUGGUUAUAAUGGAAGCAAAUCCAGAGUGGUUACAAAACACGUACUGGGAGAAAGGAAUCCUGAAAGGGAAUGCCACUUUCUGGAGACUGAGAUAACAUUUCCUCUAGCAUUCGUUUGUGCCUGUUGCUUUAUCUCAGUGCCACUGCCAACAAGUCAGUGUUUUCUAAAAGAUUUCAUUAGUAACCUCUGUGGAAAGCUAUUUUUCCAAACACCAGCAGGUAACAGCAUUGUUCUGCACCCACCUUUUAAUGAAAGAAUAGACUGAUAUUUUUGCUGAUUGCCAUAAAGCAGCCUGAGUACAGUUUUCAAAGGGUGAAAGCAAACACUUCUCUUGCUCUGAAAUCAGUUACCACUACAGUGUCAGUGACAGCGUGGCUUCAACAGCUGCCUGAUAGAAUUGACUCAUGUGAAGGCUUUUGCAUUAUUUAUUGUGAUAUAAGAGUACUAUACCCUUGAAUUUCUGAUUAUUUUUGUAAAGCUGGAAUGCCCUGAUCAAUGUAGUAAUUGCUACGUUUGUAAAAACUCAUAGAAGCCUCCUUUAGAUAAGCCCUCACUAAUGAGAUCCACGGAUCUGAACAGCAGAAAGAGGUAAAAUGCAAAACACUUUGAAUUGCAGCUUUGUGCAAAAGCUGCAGGGAGUCCUUAGAAAUACCCACCUCUAAGUUCAGCAGCUGGAAGGAGUCAGAUGUGUGUGGCAGAGAGGACUUUAUUAAUAGAGAAAUAAAUCUCCCGGGGCAGGACAAUAAUAAAUGCCCUUCCUUCGGCUCCAGGCUGCCCUCAGGGGCUGGGGGCUGCUGCCCUGGGCACAGGAGAGCACCAGGGCUGUGUGCCACCCUCUGCAGCCCCUGGGUGUCAGUGCCAUGCACAGCAAGCUCCUGCAGCCACCCCAGUUCGGUGUUUGCCUCUGCUUUCUGCAGGACAAACCCACAAACCCUGCAGUGCCUUCAGCCAGCUCACUGUCCCCGAGCAGGGGCUGCUGCAGACACGGCACGGGCAGUGACACCACCCUGGGGACAGGCUGAGAGCACCCUGAGCCAUCCCAAAGGCUGCUUGGCACCUUGCUGGUACCUCGCUUUCAGCAGGGGGGGAUCCCCAAACCCUCAGAGCUGUCUGAUCUUUCAAACAUCUCAAAGAUCUCAUUUGACUUAAAACUCUCUGGUUUAUUCCUUCUUGGUUUUGGUGGAGUUGCUGGGUUGAUAUUUUUUUUUUCCCUCUGGGACUCCUCUCUGCCAGGUGAGAAUCAAUUGAUGCACCCAGAGCUUCCCCAAGCUCCUGUGUCCCCAUUUCUGCCCCACUCUGGUGCUGCUGUUUCAGGGGCUCCAGAGCCAGCCCUGCUGCCUGUGGGGACUCACAUUUCCCACCCUGCACCUCCUGGCCUGUGUUUGAUCCUCAGCAUCCCACAGGAACAGCCCCAUUUCCCGCUCUUAUGGGCUGGAUGAUCCUCCUGGGGCCAAGAACCUGUUCUCAUAUCCCAGCAUAUUACCUGUGCAACUUGGUGAGCAAAUCCCCAGCUACUUAUUCACCUAAAACUACUGCACUGGAGCACUCUGUGCUCCAGACACAGUCUGUCCCACCACAAACCAACCUCAUGUUCCCUACUUCUCCUUUCCUCUGAUCACACCCAAAAUUCCUUAACUGAGUUCUCACUUCCUCUCAUAAUCACAUCCUCCAGACUUCCGCCUUUCCAGCACUCCCUCUGUUCCAGCACUUACCCAAUCCUGCAACCCUUCGUUUUAGAAAGGUCAAAUUAAAAUAAUAAUAAAAAAAAGCAAAACCUCAAAUUAAAAUAAUAA